AUGACGUCAUUCUGUUUAGUUGUUGUCAUUGCCAUCCAAAGUGACAGAAAGAGGAGGAGAGAUAAACGAAAGAACGAAUUAAAGGAGGAACGCGACGAUAAUGUACCGCUUCACAGAUUGAUAGCUCGCGAACGAAACCUGCCCGAGAUGCAGAAGCAGUGGCACAAUCUGACGUUACUCCUGAAACAUUCAAACGCGACCCCGUUUAAGGAUCGCAACGACGCCGGCUUCGUCUGCGCGUAUUGUUACCGCAUCUUCCAAGAUCCGGACACGCUAAGAGGACACACGCACGCCGACCACAAACACCAGAAGCCAGAUUACAAAGCGAGCGCCGGCCUGUCGACCUUCGUUGCUUUUUUAGACAUAACCGACCUUAAAUGCACGAUUUGCGAAAUGCCUUUCAUCACAAUAACCGCGCUAAUGGAGCAUCUAUUUUCGGAACACGACAAAAAGUUCUACUUGGGCCUAACGGACUACUUCCAACCGUUCAAGCUGACGCCGGAUCAGGACAUGAAGUGUUGCCUCUGCGAUCAGAUCUUCCACAACAUGAAGCUGCUGAUGCAACACAUGAACUUGCACUACAGAAACUUUAUAUGUACCACUUGCGGGGCCGGUUUCGUCAACAGCUUCCGUCUGUUGAGACACGAGACGACGCACGUUAAGAAGAAGUCCAGCUACGCAUGCCGGUACUGCGGGCAGGUCUUCGCUUCUGAAUCUAAGAAGAAAGCUCACGUGAACACCGAACACAAGGGGAUCGCGGGCGAAAGCGUUUGCCGGAUCUGCACAGCGCGAUUCAAGAAUUACUACCAAAAGACCAGGCAUAUGGCGCAAGUCCACAACGUUGAGGGGAUAAAAUGCAGCAUGUGCGAUAAGAGAUUCAAUCUGAAGUCCACGUUGGUUUUGCACAUGAGAAGCGUGCACUUCAAAGAAAGGCCAUAUGAAUGUUCGGUUUGCAACAUGGGAUUCUUCAUCAAAAGGCACAUGUUAGGGCACUAUUUGGCCACGCAUACAAACGAGCGGAAAGUCAAGUGCGAGGUUUGCGGUAAAGCAUACGCCACUGAGAACAGCAAAGGGAAGCAUCUGAAGAAAAGCCACGGUUUGACUAAAGCCUCCUUGAUCGCUUCGAACGUAUCCAAAUGA